UUGAAGCCGUAACGUAGUUUUCAAACAGUUUUCGUUAUAUUCAGGUCAUUUUUUUUAUAUUUCAAUGAAAGAAAGUGAAAUAACAAAAUUCCUUAUAUCGUUUAAUUGUCGGAUAGAUUAUGUUUUAUUUCCUGGAGGCGUGUUUGAUGACCAAAUUUUUUUACAAUAUGAUGUUGUUUGGGGUCCGGAUUGGGACCCAAUUUCCGGGCUAAAUACGGGAACUAGCCAAAUGGCAAUGCCCGGCAGAGAUCCAGAGAGAGUGGUUUUUAACUUACCUAUUGAAAUGGUAUUUAGCAGUACGAAUGUAUCUGGUUGGCCACAAUUAAUAAUAACGGUUAAAGCACGUAACACAUUCGGUGAGUCCUUACGAGGGUAUGCCGUGGUUUUAUUGCCGCCUACGACCGGCGAGCGGAAGACAUCAGCGCCAUUGACGCGCCCCCGGCCCGCCACACUGCUGGGCGAGUGGCUAGCGUGGCUAACUGGCAGAUAUCCUGAACUGGCCGACUCUAAAAUGCUGGCGAAUGGAAAAGAGAAUUAUUUAUUAAGAACAGAGUCCUACGGUAGUGUUAUUGUAAGAAUGUCGAUGGUUUCGAAGGAUCUACGCAAACUUGGCUACGACAAUCAGCCUCCUGCUUGCAGAAACAAUUGCGGAAAAUAAAUUAUUUUUCGUUA